GGCCGUCUUGACAAGUUCAACAGACAUUAAUAUUACCCGUCCAGUCACCUCGACCACCUACGUUUUCAAAUAUUCAGUAGUACUUGUUUGUGCCUUUAUUAUUAUUAUUAUUAUUAUUAUUAUUCUGUCCCCUACCAAUCAAUAUUCGAACUACGCCUUUUUCCUCUUGUUUAAUCGGGAAAUCUUGUUAACGCUAUGACAACCUUCACACAGCUCAACGAGCAAGAUGCCCCGGGCAUUUCCAUUCAUCCGGACCGUCGCAUCUCCAAGAUCAACCCUAACAUCUAUGCAGGGUUUACAGAGCACAUGGGUCGAUGCAUCUAUGGGGGUAUCUACGAUCCUGGUAGCCCACUGUCAGAUGAGAAUGGUUUCCGGAAGGAUGUCCUCGAAGCCCUAAAGACGCUAAAUAUCCCCGUGGUCCGCUACCCUGGUGGUAACUUUAUGGCAACCUACCACUGGCUUGAUGGAGUUGGACCAAAGGAUCAGCGUCCUUCAAGACCUGAACUUGCCUGGCUAGGAACAGAGACCAAUCAGUUUGGAACUGACGAGUUCUUGAAGUGGUGUGAGGUUCUUGAAACCGAGCCUUACUUCUGCCUAAACUUUGGCACUGGCACUCUGGAUGAAGCUCUGGCCUGGCUUGAGUACUGUAAUGGUACCCGGGACACCUACUACGCCAAUCUUCGACGAAAGAAUGGCCGCCAGGAGCCAUACAAUGUCAAAUAUUGGGCACUGGGAAACGAAGUCUGGGGGCCGUGGCAGGUCGAGCAGACUACCAAGGAGGCCUAUGCACACAAAGCAUACCAAUGGGCCAAGGCGUUGAAGCUCCUUGACCCUAGCAUCCAAUUGAUUCUGUGCGGACAGGACGGCACCGCAUCUUGGGACUACUAUACUCUGAAGCACUGCAUGCUUCCUGUAAACUCUCCCCUGUCAACCUCUGGCGUUCCCCUUAUCGAUAUGCACAGUAUCCAUCUAUACACUGCCUCUUCAUCCCACCUCCCUAAUGCCACUGCCCCCCUCGCGGCUGAACGCGCUAUUGAAAUUACUUCCUCCUUGAUCGAUCUCGCCCGGAUCGAGAACGGGGUUCCCAACGAUCAGGUUCGCCCAACCAUCUGCUUCGACGAAUGGAACGUCUGGGACCCUAUCCGUGCCGAGGGCAGCAAGGGUGCAGAGGAGACCUAUACGCUGUCUGAUGCGCUGGCCGUGGGUGUCUGGCUCAACGUCUUCAUCCGGAAGAGCAAGGACGUUGGAAUGGCAUGCAUUGCUCAGACCGUCAAUGUUAUCUCCCCUCUCAUGACAACGAAGGACGGCAUCAUCAAGCAGACUACUUGGUGGCCCCUCUACCUGUUCUCAAAGUAUAUGCGUGGCUGGACAAUCAGUGCACAUGUUUCCGCUGCGACUUACGACGGCGAGACCUCUCCAAAGUGGGUUCGUGGCGUCAAGGACACUCCCUGGUUGGAUGUUAGCGCUACCCUUGGCGAGGAUGGAUAUGUCAAUGUUGUCGUGAUUAAUAUUCACGAAGAAAAGGCCUUUGAGACCAAGUUGGACGGCCCUACCGGUGAGGUCACGGUGUUCACAGUCACGGGUGAGAAUCCUACAGUGACAAACAUGAAGGGUAAGGAGGAGGUUGGCAUUUCCGAGAGCACCUGGAGUGCCCAGGGCUCUUAUGUCUUCCCCAAGCACUCCCUGACUCUUCUGAGAUGGAAGGCUUAAGCGUUGCCACUCUUCUUCUUCUUCUUCUUCUUCUUCUUCUGCUACUACUACGACUACAACUACUUCUUUUUCUUAUUUCUUACGGAUCUUACCAUUUUAUGAGGCAUAGAACGCAGUCUAAGAAUCCAAAGCAUGUCAUUUCAUCUCCAAUAAACC